AUCGCCCUCCAUAUGCAACCAUAUUUGCUAACGCUCUCCCAAGUCUCUCUAAUUCCUUCCUCAAGCUUCCACAACUCACCAGCUAAGGUUGUUUACAAAUCCCAGUAAGAUCUCCAGUAUCUGAAUAGCCGUUACUUUUUUAUUUUUUUGUUUUCUUUAAUCAACUUUAGCAUAUAUGGUCGUUAAUAAUCUUGACGUAACGGUCAAGCGGGUUUAUCAGUUUUAGAUUUUUCUUUUAAAGAAAUGGCAUUUGGGUAUGUGGCUGUGUGUUUUUGGGUUCAUUUCACUUUCAUGGUUAUUACUUUGUGAUGAUAGUUGGUGUUAUUGUUUGUGGGUGUGCCCUGUACAGUUGAUAGAUACUGUGAGUAGAUUGAAUUGGAUUUCAAUGGGGUAUUCCGGGCUUUUUAUCACGAAGGUUGCCAGUUUUGGAAAAAGAUUACUGAAGGAUCAUUUUAAGAGCUGGGUUUCUCAAUCUUUGAAUGGACUCAUUGUGCUUGGAUCAUUAGUAUCCUUUUUUGUGGCUGCCGGGUGUGCGUAUCUAUAUGUGUUUCCCACUUUUCACUCUGUGAUUCAGAAUUAUGGGAUUUCCAAGUCCUCCGGUGAAUGCAAUGUUUUUGAAGGAAGAUGGAUCCGGGAUGAGAGUUACCCUCUAUACAAUGCAUCGGACUGUCCUUUUGCUGAACGUGGAUUUAAUUGCUUGGCUAAUGGGCGGAAAGAUCAGGGUUAUUUAAAAUGGCGGUGGAAACCCAAGAAUUGUGAGAUUCCGAGGUUUAGAGUGCAUGGAGUUCUUGAAAAGCUUCGAGGGAAGCGGGUUGUUUUCAUUGGUGAUUCGAUGAGUAGAACACAGUGGGAAUCCCUGAUAUGUUUGCUUAUGACUGGUGUGGAGGAUAAGAGGAGUGUUUAUGAGAUUCAUGGGAAUAGUAUCACGAAACGGAUUAGGUAUUUGGGUGUGCAGUUUAGCUCGUUUAAUAUUAGUGUUAAGUUCUAUCGUUCUGUUUUCCUGGUGCAGCCUGGCCUGGCCCCAAAACAUGGACCAAAGAGGGCUAAAUCAUCACUACAUCUGGACAAGAUGGAUGAGAUUAGUAAAGAGUGGAUUGACUCUGAUAUUCUGAUUUUUAAUACAGGCCACUGGUGGACGCGUUCCAAGCUUUUUGAAAUGGGCUGCUACUUCCAGGUGGGUGGAGCACUGAAGCUUGGAAUGUCAAUUCCAACUGCCUUCAGAACAGCAUUAAACACUUGGGCUUCAUGGAUUGAAACUGCAAUCAACACAAACAGAACACGUGUAUUCUUUCGUUCUUUUGAAUCUUCCCACUGGAGUGGUCGAAGACAACAGUUUUGCAAAGUGACUAGAAACCCCUUGUCAAAACCUAAAGGAAGGGGCUGGAGUUCAUUUUCAGACAUCAUAAUGAAGGUGGUGGAGAAUAUGGCUGUUCCUGCGACAGUUCUGCAUGUUACCCCCAUGGUGGCAUUCCGUAGUGAUGCGCACGUUGGUACUAAUAGCGACACUCCAUUGGUGCCUGAUUGUAGCCAUUGGUGUCUACCUGGGGUGCCUGAUAUGUGGAACGAAAUUCUCUUAUCAUACCUACUUUCCAGGAACGAAGUUUCUUUUCAAUGAGCAAGGGAAUUUGCAAGCUUGUUUCCUUCUCUUGCAUCUGGUAUUAGUCCUUAUCCUAGUCUAUGGUGUUUGUUAGCUUCUUGUCCCUCUGCUUUUCAAUUCAUGCUGGGGGAUGGAGUUCUUCUGGUUUCUGUUGGGGGUAGAAGUAGAGCUGCCUUCCUGUAACGUAAAUUGAUCCACACCUCCUGCCAUGUAGACCGUAUUGUAUGUAAAAACAUGCUAAUAAAAUCUAUAAAUUGAAGUAAUUCAUUUCUCUAUGUA